AUGGAAACCGAGUCUAGAGGGCCAGGCCGACUCUCCAGCUGCUGGGUCAGGUGCCACCGGCUUCCUGGAGGCGGCACUCUGCACAAGUGCCACGCCCAAAUCCCAGUCUAUGAGGGGCGAAGAGAGUUCGGAAAGGACCAUGUGGAGGGCUCCCAACCAGGCACAGAGGGCACCGGGCAUCCCAAGUCCUCCCUGCCCAACGGGGGCACCUCAGAAGCCGGUUACCCCCCGCCCCCUGAGCUGCAGCCCCCCACAAACUGCUGCAUGAGCGGCUGCCCCAACUGCGUGUGGGUGGAUUAUGCGGAGGCACUGCUGCAGCACUACCAGGACGGCGGGGAGCGGGCCCUGGCUGCCCUGGAGGAGCAUGUGACCGAUGAGAACCUCAAGGCCUUCCUCAGGAUGGAGAUCCAGCUCCGCAUGAGGAGUGGAGGCUGAGCUGGCCUGACCGGACACGCUCACCCCAUGGGCUCCAGCCCGGAGCUCCCACCCAGGCAGCAGCACAGCCUCCUCUAUUUGUGGCCCCUUUGUGGGGCUUGUGUCAGGUGGGAAUUGGAAGAAUUAUUUAUUGACUUUCCCUGAAAAUAAAUAAGCUCUCUGUGCUGGUGA